CAUGAGUAGCAGAAUAACAGUUUUUCCUCGCCUGUCUGUCAGUUUAACGGCAGUGACAAAUUUUUACUCUAAUAUUAUAAGUUUUAUAAGUUUAGUUUUAUUAAUUUAUCUAUUUGUUUUGUGUUGUCAAAUUGUUAUCAAUGUCUGGUUUCUCCCAAUCGUUUUUUCUGGGAGAUCAUACGUUAGAGUUGCUCGAGAAUCAAGCUCCGAAAAAUGGUCCUUCGACUCCUACCGGUGGAAAGACAUCUUCCGGUCGCCGAGUUACUCGAUCCAGUCAGACCAAAGCUGCCAAGCGGCAAAGCAGCGAUGAACAGCAGCAGCUGGAAGUCGUUGAGGAAUCCCCUACAAAUUCAACUCGAGUGGGAGCCAGCGAAUCACGCCACAAAAGUGUCCGGGAACGCCUUAAAACUAUCGGCACACAAUCGCGCUCACGGUCUAGAAAAAACCUCCGUCGGAAUAAAUCGGACUCUAUAAUGAUGAAUGCUGACGCGGACCAUCAGCAAAAGCAACCACCGCUCGAGCGGUCAAGGCAGGUGAAAGCACGCAGCGAGAGUCGGGAGCAGUUAAGUUUGAUUAAUGAUAAUUUUUCGGAACUCUUCCAAAGUGACAUCCGUUUUGAUGGCUUGACACAAAGGAACAAAAACUCGGAUGAAUUACCAAACGAAAUUAACAUAUCAAAGCUGCUGGAGUCGGAUGUCAAUUUUGAAACUUUGGAAAACGUUCAGCCGCCGGGAAGUCCAACGGAUACAAAAGUGGCCCGCAAUAGUGAUAACUUAGAAAAUAUCUUUGGAAGCAGCGAGUUUUCUUUGGAUCAACCGCGCAGCCAAAGCUUGGUUCCGAAUUCUAAUGGACUCGACAACCUUUUUGAGCAAAGCAUUUUCACACUAGAAGUUCCUGCUCAACAACAGCAGAGCAAAUCGCAAGAGCACCGUUCGCUGAACAAUUUUAUAUGCAGUGAGGAUUUAAGGGAUUUUUCCGAUCUAGAGGAGUCGUUACGAGUUAGAGAGGAUGAUGUGGAUAUUGCCGAUGCUCUAGUAAAUGUGGAGAAUGCUAAUUUUACGCAACUUCCGUUGCAAGAUGAAGUUGAAGAACGUGAUAAAAUUGAUCUUUUACUGAGUCAGGAGGUUGAGAAGUCCAAGCAAAGUGUAAUUGAUGCUUUAAAGCAGAAUCAGACGGCACAAUGUUUAAGCUUAUCAGGAACUCUGAGCCAAUCUCCCAAUGGCAGCUUUGCUGCUUCAAAAUCUUUUCGAGCAACCUGCCAACCUGCUUCUGCGGUGCUGCCGAUGUCACUGGAUGAUUCAAAAAAUCUCCGCCUUGUAGCUAACUGGGGAUUACCAGAUGCAGUUACGAAAGCCUACGCUCGGAAAGGAAUUACGGAGCUAUUUCAGUGGCAAACGGAUUGCCUGACAAACGCGAAAGUGAUUCUGGAAUCGGCCAAUCUAGUGUACAGCGCGCCGACAUCCGGCGGUAAAACGAUUGUCAGCGAGUUCCUAGUAGCGAAAACCGUCGUUGAGCGUAGGAAAAAAGUACUAGUUAUAUUACCCUUUGUGGCAGUGGCUCGGGAGAAGAUGUUCUAUCUUCAGGAAAUCCUUUCUCCGGCAGAAAUCCGCGUAGAGGGUUUUUUUGGUGGUCACACAGCACCCGGAGGAUUCGACACUGUUGAUGUGGCUGUUUGCACCAUCGAAAAAGCUAAUUCUAUCGUUAAUAGACUUUUGGAGCAACAGAAACUUCCCGAUGUUGGAUUGAUAGUGGUAGACGAAGUCCACUUGAUAGCCGACCCGUCUAGGGGUUACAUACUGGAGCUGCUGUUGACAAAGGUUCGCUUUGUUUGUGACAAGCUUAGUGAGAAGAUUCAAAUUGUUGCAAUGUCAGCAACUUUACCCAACAUUGAACUGCUAUCCGAGUGGCUGCAGGCGGAACAAUUUCGAACAGAUUUUCGGCCAAUCGAGUUGAAGGAAAUGGUAAAACUGGGCACGUGCAUUUACGAUAAUCGGGGCAAAUUGAUUAGAAAAUUGGAUACUGAUAUAUACAAAGGAAUCAUGAGAGACCAGGACAACCUUGGACAACUUUGUUUGGAGACCAUCCUGGAAGGGUGUUCUGUUAUCGUUUUCUGUCCGUCGAAGGACUGGUGCGAACGUUUAACAUUGCACCUGGCUGAGUUCAUUUAUACGGUGAAAAAAUCAGAAACGGAGCUUGGGUUGAAACUUCGAACCGAAAUGGAUCAGGAAAAAAUGGAACAAACACUGAGCCUGCUGAAGAACUGUCCAACCGGCUUGGAUCUGGUUUUGGGUAAAACGGCCCGCUAUGGUUGCGUGUAUCAUCACGCCGGGCUGACCGCCGAUGAACGGGACAUAAUCGAAAGCUGCUUCAAGAAUGGUACACUGCGAGUGAUAGUAGCGACCAGUACGCUCAGCAGUGGUGUUAAUCUACCCGCCAGGAGGGUUAUCGUGCGAUCACCUUUGUUCGGGGGAGCUCAAAUGAAUGCACUGACCUAUCGACAGAUGAUCGGACGCGCUGGACGCAAGGGACGCGAUGUGCUUGGCGAGUCGAUACUGAUGUGCGACGGGCAGAACCAAAAGGCUGGCUGGGGACUGGUCAACGCGGAACUGGCACCGAUUGCUUCAUGUCUGGAUAGCGAUGGAUACAGUCACCUGAAGCGCGCGAUCCUGGAGAUAGUUGCAUCGGGAGAGGCCAGCACCACAGCGGAUCUGGAGAAAUUUCUCAACUGUACGCUGUACAGCUGCGAAAAGAAGUGUCCCUUCCGUUUCGAUCUAGAAUCGUUGGAUCGGAGCGUUCGAUCGAAAUCCCGUUUGCGUCCGAACGCGACAACAGAUGCCACCGAUAGGUCGAUAGAUCCCAUCGCCAGAUGCGUGCGCUUUUUGUUGGAGUACGAGUUUAUUAGAGUGCAGCACUGCGAGGAAACCGGUGAAGCGAUUAUGACGGCAACUCAGCUUGGAAGUGCCUGCCUGGCCGCUUCCAUGCCACCGCGAGAUGGUUUUCUGCUGUUUAGCGAGCUGCAAAAGUCGCGUCAAUGUUUCGUGCUGGAAACGGAGCUGCAUGCCAUCUAUCUGGUGACUCCGUACUCCGUAAGUUACCAGUGGCAGAACAUCGACUGGAUGGCGUACCUGACCCGGUGGGAAAAACUGUCCGAAGCUAUGAGACGCGUCGGGGAACUGGUUGGUGUACGUGAGGCAUUUCUAGUUAAGGCACUGCGGGGUAAUGUGAGUGCCGAUGAUUACCAGUCCCUGCAGGUGCACAAGCGAUUCUAUACGGCACUGGCACUGAAGGAGCUGGUAGAUGAGAAACCGUUGGGCGAGGUUGCGCAAGAUUUUGUUUGUACGAGAGGGCUGCUGCAGAGUUUACAGCAGCUGGCAUCUACUUUUGCAGGUAUCGUAACAGCGUUUUGCACUUCACUAAACUGGAACCUGUUAGCCAUGAUUGUGUCCCAGUUCAAAGAACGAUUGUAUUUUGGCAUUCAACCGGAUCUGCUGGAUUUGAUGAGGAUUCCGAGUUUGAAUGGACAGCGGGCGCGUAUGCUGUUCAAUGGAGGAAUAAUCGGUCUGGUUGAGCUGGCCAACUCCAGUUCGCUGGCGGUCGAGCGAAUUUUGUACAACUGUGUUAGCUUCCAAACCGAGCAGAAACGAGAGGGUGAAAAUGAGUUCGAAGCGCAAAAGCGAAUGAAUUUGCGUAAUUUGUACGUUACUGGAAGGGCCGGGCUGACGGUGAAAGAGGCAGCUGUUUUGUUAGUCAAGGAGGCACGAAACUAUAUUCAACUGGAGACGGGAGUUCGUAAUCCUGACUGGCAGGACACUGAACCCGUAGAUGAAAUGAAGGGAAUCGAGGAUGAAGGACCCUCUGUGACUGUAACAGCUUGUGCAAAUGGUUCCACAUCGGAGAACAGCCACAAACAAGCAUCCGUUGUGUCAUUUGAAGUUUCUGAAACGGACAGCAAUCGUGAAAUUGAGCAAUUUCACAAUUCACUCAUUAUGAACUUUUCACACGUGCUUAGCGGCGAUAAGGAUGCAACAACUAAUCAGAGUAGAAAAUACGAAAGCAUCAAUGUGGUAGAUCUUUGUGCAGAUUUUGGGCUCUUCCAACGAUUUCAGGAAGAGCUGGAAAAAGUUUGCUCGGUUAGUGUAGCCUUCGCGGUUUGCAGAUUUGAUCGCUCUAAGUCAGUUAUAGGGGGAAACUUGCUAAUCAAUCAAAGAACUAAACCCGAACAGGAGGAAGUUUUGAAAAACUAUCCCUACGUUUUUGAAGAGAAUUUCUUUCUCAGCGGUGUAGCUUUCACCUUUCAAGGACAGCUCGAUGAAAGUCUGAACAAUGUUGUGUAUCAUCUCAAUCUAAAGAAAGAUUCUGUAGUGAAGUGUGACUUGAAGCAGAUGUUGAUAACGAAUUUAUUCGAACGUGCAAACCUUACCCUGCAGUUGCUCGAUGCUAAGGAUCAGCUCAAGAUGGUUUAUCGUAGUGGCUUGCUUGCUAUGGAUCUGCAUUUGGCGGCUGAUUUGCGCGAUCCGAGAGUUGCUUGCUGGUUGCUACAGGCAGAAGAUAAAACUCUUCCGUUUCAGGCGAUGGUACAACAAUACUGCCCGGAGAUGUUGUCCCUAUGUCAGUUAGCAGGUCGCUGUCCAGGUUCUAUCGGUCCGGCACAGAACUACACAAGCGCAAUCGAUGGUCGAAUUCGAUGCACAGUGGAGAGUUUUAUCCUCCACCACAUGGUCGCUGCCCAGAUGGAACAGUUUGCCCAACUUGAUCGACCGCAGGAUAUGUUGGCCGCUUUCACCAGCCGUGAAAUGCCCCUCCAAACUGCGUUGAUCGCGAUGGAAUUGGUCGGUUUCCCGGUGGACGGCAGUAAACUGUCCAACUUGAUCGACAGAUUGCGCCAGGCGAAAGAGCGAAUUGCCGAGCGAGUAAGACAGCUUAACGGUGGUCAAAGGUUGGACUUUGGUUCGGCUUCUGCUGUGGCAGCAGCCCUGCGGGUACCGAAGGAUCGAAAUGGUCGGGUGAAAACUACCCGACAGGUACUGGAACGCAUCGAUUCACCACUGGCGACAUUGGUUAUCGCUUAUCGCAAGAUUGAAAGCAAUCUUAGCCGAACCAUUGAACCGCUGUUCCGCUCGGUUCGUGAUGGACUGAGGAUCUAUGGAACUAGCUUUUGUUACACUUCUACCGGUCGUAUUACAAUGCAUGAGCCUAAUUUACAGACGGUCGUGAAGGAUUUUAAGGUGGAAAUCGAUCCCGGUAAGGUUGAGGUAUUCAGUUGUCGUAGUACAUUUGCAUGCUCAGACCCAGCAAGAGUUUUGCUUUCGGCUGACUUUUGUCAGCUAGAACUGUGUGUCCUAACUCAUUUAUCCCAAGAUCGGCGACUGCUGGCUAUCAUGAAUGGAGGGAAAGAUGUUUUCCGAGAAAUCGCUGCCAAGUGGAACCGGAUCGAUGAUGACCGAUUGGUUUCCGAUGAGCUGAGAAACUGCACCAAAGCGAUCGUUUAUGGGGUUGUCUACGGGAUGGGCGUGAAAUCGAUGGCAGCCGAAUUGCACGUCGAUGAGGACACGGCGCGUACGCUGAUGGAGCAAUUUCAUACCACGUAUCCGGAGAUUCGACGCUACACGGACAAGGUAAUACAGAUUACACGAGAACGGGGCUACAUUGAAACAUUGACCGGGAGAAGACGAUAUCUGCCGGCCAUUCAGAGUACGGAUUUGAAGAGGCGUGCCGAAGCGGAGCGGCAGGCCGUCUGCACUACCGUUCAAGGUUCGGCCGCUGACAUUCUCAAAAAUGCUAUUCUGCGUAUGAUGCGCAACUUGCGCAAGUAUCAUGAGACGUUACGGUUGGGACAGGUUGACCUGGUGCUACACUUGCACGAUGAGCUGAUAUUUGAGGUACCACACGAGCACGCUCGGAAGGUGGCUAAAAUUUUGAAAUCCAGCAUGGAGAACUGUGCCAAACUUAGCCUGCCGUUGCGGGUCAAAGUGAAGGUUGGUCCCAGCUGGGGUGAAUUGAAAGAAAUUCAGGUGUGAUAAUUGUAUAUAUUAUUGGUUUGAACAAUAAACUUGUGAUAUUUAUUUUCAUCUAAAGUUGAAAUUCGAAGACACAAUUUACGCUGAAAAAGCAAUAAAAUAUGAACUUCAAAGUUUUACGUUUCUUAGUAAAGCGACUUCUGUAAGACUUGAUUAUAAUUUGAAUUAUUAUCAAACAA